AUGGGGUACUCUGUUCACAACGUUGACAUCAGCAAACCACACGACGCCAUACACAUGCCUAGAGCUAGUCUGCCCUCCUCACUGAGACCAGGGAGUCUCGAGAACCCCACCUCACCGAGACCAGGGAGUCUGGAGAACCCCACCUCACCGAGACCAGGGAGUCUGGAGAACCCCACCUCACCGAGACCAGGGAGUCUGGAGAACCCCACCUCACAGAGACCAGGGAGUCUGGAGAACCCCACCUCACAGAGACCAGGGAGUCUGGAGAACCCCACCUCACAGAGACCAGGGAGUCUGGAGAACCCCACCUCACAGAGACCAGGGAGUCUGGAGAACCCCACCUCACAGAGACCAGGGAGUCUGGAGAACCCCACCUCACAGAGACCAGGGAGUCUGGAGAACCCCACCUCACAGAGACCAGGAGUCUGGAGAACCCCACCUCACAGAGACCAGGGAGUCUGGAGAACCCCACCUCACAGAGACCAGGGAGUCUGGAGAACCCCACCUCACAGAGACCAGGAGUCUGGAGAACCCCACCUCACAGAGACCAGGGAGUCUGGAGAACCCCACCUCACAGAGACCAGGGAGUCUGGAGAACCCCACCUCACAGAGACCAGGGAGUCUGGAGAACCCCACCUCACAGAGACCAGGGAGUCUGGAGAACCCCACCUCAGAAUGCUAAGACCAGGGAGUCUGGAGAACCCCACCUCACCGAGACCAGGGAGUCUGGAGAACCCCACCUCACAGAGACCAGGGAGUCUGGAGAACCCCACCUCACAGAGACCAGGGAGUCUGGAGAACCCCACCUCACAGAGACCAGGGAGUCUGGAGAACCCCACCUCACAGAGACCAGGGAGUCUGGAGAACCCCACCUCACAGAGACCAGGGAGUCUGGAGAACCCCACCUCACAGAGACCAGGAGUCUGGAGAACCCCACCUCACAGAGACCAGGAGUCUGGAGAACCCCACCUCACAGAGACCAGGAGUCUGGAGAACCCCACCUCACAGAGACCAGGGAGUCUGGAGAACCCCACCUCACAGAGACCAGGGAGUCUGGAGAACCCCACCUCACAGAGACCAGGGAGUCUGGAGAACCCCACCUCAAAGAGACCAGGGAGUCUGGAGAACCCCACCUCAGAAUGCUAG